AUGCAGCCCCCUCACCUCCUCCUCUUCCUCCUCCUCGUCCCGCUCCUCCUCCCUGGCAUGUGGGCAGACCCAGGAGAGCCACAGGUUUUUCAGCUGCUCCAGACAAGCCUCAUUGCCAACAUCAGCUACGCGGAGUUGUUCGGAGUGGGUCUCCUGGGGGACGUGCCCACCUUUGCACUGGAUCCUGACAACUGGACCAUCCAUUUCCACUGGCCCUGGGCCCAGCAGGCCAUGGAUGAGGGUGACGCAGGGAAGAUCAUGUCCCAGUACAAAAUCUCUCUGCGCAACAUGAUCCGAUACGUGCACGAAAUGGGGCACAAGGCGCAGCUGGACUACCCGUUGGUGGUCCAGAUCCGGGCAGGCUGUGCACUGCACCCUAACAGGACGAGCUGGGGCUUCAUGUAUGUUGGAGAGGACGGCAGAGACCUCACAGAUUUCGAGGUGGAGAGACGGCGCUGGAAGCCCUCCCAGCCAUCCCUAGUAGCGGAGCUGGUCAGCCAGUCCCUCAACAGCCAGAAGCCCAUCACAGGGGUCCUGGAGCACCUCCUCUCCAUCUCCUGCCAGAGCCACAUCCUCACCCUCUGCAAGUACGGGAAGGCAGCUCUGGAGAGACAAGAGCCGCCCGUGGCCACCAUCUUGUCCCGCACACCCAGCCCGGCCCGGCUCCUCCUGGUUUGCCGCGUCACCGGCUUC